AAAUUCCAUGAGACGGUUACAGGAUGGCUUCGGACGAAUUGCAAAGGACUGCAUCAUCUUACACACUUCGGUCAUCUCUCAGGUUGCGCAUGAGGAGUCCAAUCAUAGGUUAUGUUUUCCAAAAAGACCCUCUCAUAUUCCAUAAUACAAUAAUAUCUGCGGUACAAAAAGGACGUCCUCAUUUUAUACCUACUCCACAACUACUGUAUCGAGUAACGCGCGGCUCGCAAUUGCAUGCAAGGCACACCCGUCUUUACGAGAUGCCAUUUGCAAUGCACCGGAUUCCGCGGGCAGUAGAGUACCUGACAGACAGACUCUCGAUUAGCGCUAAAUCGGAUUGUAUUAUAUCUAUACGAUGUUAUCUGAAGAAUUGCGAGGUCAUCUCGGCUCUUUUGCCUCGGACUCUUUACUCUUUACACGCUUCAACUAUAAGAACGAUGGUUGUAGAACACUCAUGCCAACACUUCUCAUCCUCUGCACAUACACAACUACACUCAUUCCAAUUACUUUCUCUACUUGUUUCUUAAACCACUUCAUUCAAUUUUUCAAUUUCCCAUUUUUCACCAUGCGUUUCACUACCACCGCUAUUGCCAUUGGCGCUCUUUUGCCCUCUGCCAUGGCCUGGGGCCCUUUCACUGUUGCGUUUUGCACCAAGGAAAAUCCUGAAAACCUCAAUUGUCUUGCCAGAUUGCCUGAGGAUUGUGCCAAGCCACUCAUGAGCAUCGAGCGCGAGAAUGCUGGCAAAUCGGAUCAGCCUGACUUCCAAGAUGCCUUCUGCACCGUGCCCUCAGAGCGCUGGGAUAGAAUCCACGCGGCCAUGGCCUCUUGCAAAGACAUCGACAUGAAGGAGGCGAUUGGCGGCUACACGGCCGCCUGCUACCAGAAGAUGCGAACGCAACAUUAUUACAUUUGCAACCCCAGGAACCAGGUUGAUAGCGUUACUAAGGAGCUUGCAUUCUUUGUCUGCCUUCCCAACGAAUGGUCUACUCUGUCAUCCCAGGUUCCUAUUCCUAGCAGCACUGUAGCUAUUACUAACAAGCCUGCAUCUUCUGUCAAGCCCAGUGAUAUUGGCAAGCCUUCGGAGAUCAGCAAGCCCGCCAUCACUCUCUCCUCUGCUCUUCCUCGCGGCACAACCACCACAAUCACCACCAAGACAACGGAGGAGUGCUCGUCUGCUGCUGCUCCUACCACCAAGGCUGAUUGCCCUCACUGCUCCAGCAACCCUGUCAGGCCCUCCAACGGCACCCUGCCUGAUACGUCGACACCUCCAGUUGUCGUCACUGCUGGUGGCUCGGCAGCUAAUGUCAACAUGGCGGCUGUCGCUUUGGUUGCUGCUGCUGCCGCCAUGCUGUAAAUACCCUUAGUUUUGCAGUCCAUAAGCUGCCCAGGGUGUAGGGUUUCGCCGCAUUGAUAGUCGCCUAGAGCAAUGGCCUAAUAAUGGCUGCUAAGACUACCACUAGAUUAACAGCCACGCCAUAGGGGCAGGUUCUGUUAGACUAAAUGAAGUGUUUUCCUCCCUUUUUCUUAAUUUGUCGAUUACGUCUUUUGAUAUCACUUGAUUUUGGUUUCUAGGAUAUGGUUGAUUUUUCUUUUCAGUGGAAAUCAAAUAUUAUUAGUAUAGUAAAUUUGCUAACAAGCCUUCCUUUCUCUUUACUUUCACGUUUUAUAGCGUCUACUUGCGGUCCUUAAGGUAAGCCGCAAGGGUGGGACGAGCCUCAAAGGCCUCCUUGAACUUGAUAAUGGACGCAGGGAGAGUUUCCUGUGGUACAUCGGUUAGGAGAUAUACACGAUUGAUAUGCAGGUGAAGAAAGUAACUUACGGGAAUCGUCUUGGUAAUGGAAUCAUCAGAGUAAGCCUGGUAGACGGCAAAGUCGGCGUACGAAAUGUCGUCUCCGAGCAAGAAGGGGCCAGUAGUGCGAUCGUAAUGAGUACCGACCAACUCCCAAAACUGAGGAGAAGUCUUCUUGGCAUAGGCCUCCUUAACCUCGUCACUGGCACCGAGCGCACCGGCCCAGCCAGCACGCCAGUCGACAUAGAGGUCGGAGACUAGGUCGACCUCGUACUUUUCCUCAUCAGUCGCGCCAUCGUACUUGUUGAGCUUGCGGGAAAAGUAGCGCAUGAUGGGGACGUGCUGGCUGAGAAUCUGGCCGUUGUACUCGAGCGAUGGAAGACGUCCGGUCUUGGAGAUGCCCUUGGCCUUGAGCUCAGCCUGACUAGCAGGCCAAGUAGCGUCAAACUUGUAGCGGACGUCCUUGUAUUCGAUGCCGGCAUCUUGGAGGAAGACUCUGUGAGGGAGAGGAACGAGUUAGCUAGUGUCGACGAAAUACAAACAUAAUGCGAUGUGGAAGAGAAAGGGCGGGGGAUGCGACAUACCGGAUGACCUCGCCACGGCCCAUUGCGCCAAUGUCGAGAUAGUGAAGGGUAGUGGAAGACAUUUUGGAGGAGUGAAUAUAAGUGUAUAGUUGUUGCAAAUGUGCUAGUGUCUUUAAGGAAGAGGAUUGAAGAUGAUGCUGAUGCUGAUGAUAGUCGAGAUCGAUGAGGUGGGAUAUGACGACAGUUUAAAUAGUUUCAGGCAGCCAGCAGCCCAAUGGCUGCAAUGGCUGUCUCCAAUGCAACGAUUGACCCUCUAGGUCCCCAUCUGCCACACUUUUUGAGGCGAGGCUAGCUCGGGCUAGCUCCGCUAAGCUGUACAUGCGGCCUGGGUGCGAGGUGUGGCAUGCAGCUUGUGGAAUCAGUUUGGCGGGGCAUGUUUCGUAGCGAUAGUCCAUGGGCUGCAGCUCUAGCUAGUAGAGUUCCCAGAGCUUCAUGAUCCACGCUGCAAGCCUGGUUUAGGUUUAGGCCAUGAUGCAGGAUCUCAGUCAGUAAGGCCCGGUGGGAUGGGGCAUUACACCAUUAUUCAGCAAUCGGGAGUUGAAGCCGGUUGUGCUAAGGCACUGAUUGGGAUUAGCUGAGCCAUUUAGAUUUAAUUCCAGAUCAAGAUGCAAGGGCAGAUUUCAAGAGAUCACUUCCAGCACUCUGAUAGGACGAGCUGCCUGCAGCCACUGUGGAAUCUUCGUG